AGUAUAUGGUAAUUAUUAUUAUAUUGCAUGACUUUCUUUAUGAUAACGUUUUAAUGUUUGGUAUAGGCCCUUUUAGAACAUGGUCGUCCGUGGAUGAAGUUUAUAUCAGAAUAUAAAGAUUUAGUGGCACGUAUCCGAUACAGACAUGGUUUAGAGAAACAGUCGUGUCGUGUAGAUCUUAAACAGCUGGAGGACUUUCUAAACAGGAAACAUAUGUAUGAGAAAACGUUCCGACAAUUUGCACCAAGUGGAAAGCUGCAUAAAGUUGAUCUCUUGGAAUAUUUCAACAGAUGUGACUUAUGGCCAACACAGCGGGAAAUAAACAAUAGUUUUGACACCAUUUUCAGAGGUUCCAGAAAUACUGCAGAAGUUGUAUUUUUGUUGGAUUGUUCAACCAGUACUGGUAUAGUAGGAUUCCAUAACCUGAUCAAGUUUGUACAAGAUCUCGUGCGUACACUCGAUAUUGCCCCAGACAAAACACGAGUUGGUGUUGUUCCAUUUAACGAAGACAUCUUCAGCUCUUUUAGUUUAUCGAAGUAUGAUAACAAGAAAGAGCUAUUAGAAGCAAUAUCGCGUGUCAAGCUCUGGCAUGGAUUGACACGGACAGACCUUGCUCUCCGGGUAAUGAGAGGCAUGUUCAAGGACUCACGACCUGGCGUCCAGAAAAUUGGUUUAGUGUUGACUGAUGGUCAAUCCACAUACAACGACAAAACGAUAAAGGAAGCACAACUUUCACAUGAGAUGGGGAUACAGAUGUUUGCAAUCGGUAUGGGCAGCAAAGUUGAUUUGUCUGAAUUACAACACAUAGCAACAAAUCCCGACAGCCUAUUUCAUAUCCAUGACGCUGGUUCCCUGGGCGUCAUUCGUAGGCAAAUCGAGAAAAGACUUUGUCUUGAUAUACCACAAUAUACACCAAUCAAAGCAUCAAGUACAAGCCAUAUCUGCCGACCUAUUGACCAAUCAGAAGCGCUAGAAGUUAUCUGGACCUGCUAUCCGCCAUUGGUGUGCGGAAUUACCCGAUCUUCCAGGUGGAUAAGGCCGAUAGUGAAAGGGAAAGAAGCGUGGUCAUUGCUAGACGAUGAUAUAAUAAGAGCAACAGGAAUGAAGGCGUGUUUACGGCUGGUUAUCCAAUCACGACUGCAGCGUCAUGGUUAUAUCACAGUGCCAUCUGACGUCAGAGAUGACGUAGAGCAAGUGACAAGUGAAACUGAAGCAUUGCAAAUCAUUGAAAAAUUCAUUGAAGAUCAGAUGAAAAGUAAAUAAAAGAACAAAUUCAUUGAAAUUCAGAUAAAAAAAGUAGAUCUUGAAGAACAAUAUCAUUUUUGAGAUCAGAUGAUAUUUCAAUAAAUUAAAGAACGUUUAUGUUUAACUAACAGGCCCACUGCAAAAGCUUAAAUUUUUGUUUGUUUUGAUGGGUGUAAAGUUCUAUAAGCUAGCUGUAUAAGUUCCACACAUAUAAGAAACCACAGCAUUGAAGGGCAAGGUCUGAAAUCAGCGACCACAAUGCAAGAGCUUAAAAUCUAUAAUUGUUAUCUUCUGC